ACACACACCCUAGACUCCUCUAGGUCAGAGAAGAAGGAGAGCAAGUGUCCGACCCCGGGCUGCGACGGGACGGGUCACGUGACCGGCCUCUACCCCCACCAUCGCAGCCUUUCUGGAUGUCCCCACAAAGACCGGGUCCCGCCUGAGAUCCUGGCCAUGUAUGAGAAUGUGCUCAAGUGUCCUACGCCCGGCUGCUCCGGACGCGGUCACGUCAAUAGCAACAGGAACUCCCACCGCAGUCUUUCCGGGUGUCCAAUCGCUGCUGCUGAGAAGAUCGCCAAGGUCCACGAGAAGAGCAGCAACUUGAGUGACAGCAGCUCAAAGUCCAAUCAGGCAUCAGACCGCGUGCUGAGGCCCAUGUGCUUCGUGAAGCAGCUGGAGAUCCCGCAGUACGGCUGUAAGAACAACGUGCCGACCAGCACGCCGCGCUCCAACCUGGCCAAGGAGCUGGAGAAGUACUCCAAGACCAGCUACGAGUACGGCUCCUACGACGGCCAGCACCCCGUCUACGGCAAGAGGCAGGGCCUGCCGUCCCGGUCGCACCACGGCCGCGACGCCUCGCCCAAGGCCUACGACGUGAAGCGCUACUGUAAGACGUCCAGCCCCGCCAGCAGCACCACCAGCAGCUACGCCCCCAGCAGCAGCAGCAGCCUGAGCUGUGGCCUGGGGGGCGUGGCCGGGCUGGGGGGCGUGGCCGGCCCGGGGGGCGUGGCCAGCAGCGCCAGCAGCACCUGCAGCAAGAGCAGCUUCGACUACACCCACGACAUGGAGGCAGCGCACAUGGCCGCCACCGCCAUCCUCAACCUGUCCACGCGCUGCCGCGAGCUGCCCCAGGUGCUGGCGGGGCGGAGCCAGGAGCCGCUGGCCCAGAGUCCCGAGGCGGACCUUGAUGACGGGGGUCUGGAUCUGGACGGGGACCUGGGGGCGGAGGGCAGCGGGACGGUACUGACCCCCCUGGAGCCCAUGUCCCCCCAGCGCCAGGCCCUGCUGCAGAGCCGGGGCUUCCAGCUGGGGGCGGCGGAGGGCUGGGACCUCCCGGUCGACUACACCAAGCUCAAGGCCCUGGGGCACGACCCCAACGCAGAGAGCGAGGAGCUGGACCCCUUCCAGGACCUCCUGGAGGAGCAGCGCUACUCUGAGGUUUCCAUGUCCAGCUCCAAACACAAGUACAGCCCCUGUAAGGAGGUGAAGAAGGAGCUCCUCACGUAAGAACACUCCUCCACCCCCUGCUGUAGGACACCCUGCCUCUCCUUCACCCUAUGUUCUGAUGUUCUGUUUUUCCUCAGACUCUCCAGCUGCCAGCUGGCCGACAAGAACCUCCGCGGACUGAUGAGCACCAACCCCCAGGACCUCAAGUGUCCCACCCCAGGCUGUGAUGGAUCAGGACACAUAACAGGGAACUAUGCAUCCCAUAGGAGUCUGUCCGGUUGCCCCCGGGCCAAAAAGAGCGGCGUCAAAAUCCUCCACAGCAAGGAAGACAAAGACGACCAGGAACCAAUCAGGUGCCCGGUCCCGGGCUGUGACGGACAGGGUCAUGUGACGGGGAAGUACGCGUCCCACCGCAGCGCGUCGGGCUGCCCCCUGGCGGCCAAGCGGCAGAAGGACGGCUACGCUAACGGCUACGCUAACGGCGCCCAGUUCGCCUGGAAGUCGGGGAAGACGGACGGCAUGUCGUGUCCCACGCCGGGCUGCGACGGCUCGGGGCACGUCAGCGGCAGCUUCCUGACGCACCGCAGUCUCUCCGGUUGUCCGCGGGCUUCGCUGGCCAUGAAGAAGACGAGGAUGACCGGCGUGGAGAUGCUGACCAUCAAACAGAGAGCCAGCAGAGGGAUCGAGAACGAUGAGGACAUCAAGCAGCUGGACGAGGAGAUUAAAGACCUGAGUGAGUCCAACAGCCAGGUGCAGUCGGACAUGAUCAACCUGAGGACACAGAUCGUCUCCAUGGAGACCAGCCUGCGCUCCAUGGAGGAGGAGAACAAGGCCAUCGAGCAGCAGAACGACUCGCUGCUCCACGAGCUCGCCAGCCUCAGCCAAUCACUGAUCAGCAGCCUGGCCAACAUCCAGCUGCCCCACAUGAGACCACUGCCUCCCAAAGAGACCCCCCCUAAACUAGACUCCUGUGUACACACCAGCCCCAGAGAGCCGAUGAACGAGCAGAACUUCGACUCCUACGUCAGCACGCUGACGGACAUGUACAGCCACCAGGACCAGUACCAGAGCCCGGAGAACAAGGCCCUGCUGGAGAACAUCAAGCAGGCCGUGCAGGGCAUCCAGGUGUAG